AGAGAUCCAAACCACUCUGGUUUGUGGUUUCUAUAAAAACCCAUAUCUGUGGGCAAAAGAAGAACAGAACCCAUCAAGGGUUUUUUCAGUUUUUCACUCUUCAAAGCCAUUCUGGGAAAAGGACGAAAAAUGGAGGAGGACAUGCAAAUGCAUGAAGCAGCAGAGAGACAUCUACAUGGGCUGGAGAGAGUUAAAUCUGUUGGUGAUCAAGACCCUAAUUUCAUCCCUCUCAAAGUCGAAGUUGAAGAAGAAGACACAGAUUUGUGGCUUGAUAGAGACCCCGCAGGAGAUCUACUUGGGGUUGAUGGGGGUGAUGAACCCUCCAUCUUCUACGCUGAUGACUUCCCUCCUCUCCCUGAUUUCCCAUGCAUCUCAUCUUCCUCUUCGUCAACGCCUUCGAAUCCUCCACCAGCUGAGCCACCGGUUAAUGACGGUGCAUGUCGGUCUUCGUCCUCAUCUUCAUCUUCAUCGUCUUCCUCAACUUCUUCAUCACCGGCUUCAUGGACUAUGUUCAAAUCAGAUGCGGAAGGGAUUGUAGAGGAAAAAAGAAAUAACCAAAUGGAUGCAACAGUGCAAAAACCACCCUUGUUACGGUCGCCGGAUUCAAUGGAGAUCCCACCGCUAUUCGAUCCUCAGACCGACGUGGACUGCAUCAACGUCAUGCAAGAGCUUGGAGACAUGGACCUCAUUUGGGAAGAACCCAAUUCUAUAUUCCCACCUGAAGAAGAACAGCAAGAGCAGCAGAAGAAAGAGGAGGGUCCACAAGAUGAUGAAGGGCCAUCGGAAGAUCUAGGGACUGUGUUCUUAGAGUGGCUGAAAUCGAACAAAGAAUCAAUCUCUGCUGAGGAUCUGAGAAGUAUCAAGCUUAAGAGAUCUACGAUCGAAUGUGCGGCUAAACGCCUAGGCGGUGGCAAGGAAGGGAUGACUCAGUUGCUAAAACUCAUCCUCCUGUGGGUACAGACUCAUCACCUUCACAAGAGUCGCAUGCAACCUUACCACCCACAACAAUUUUUCCAGAACCCUAAUCCUACCACCCAUGUUCCAGAUUCUCACCUUUGCUUAUCCUCUUCCACCCCUUGGAUUCCCCAUGAACAACCCUUCUAUGCCAAUCCAACGGCAAAUGUAGGGUUUCCUUCCCUUCCUCCUAUGCUAGGCUACAUGGGAGACCCUGGUUUUUCUUAUCCUAUGAUCGACAGUACAGCAACUUGGCAUCAUCCUUCACUUCCUACUCCUCCACAUUUCAGUUUAUAUAAUUCAUAUAGAGAUCCACAUCUUAUUCCUGCACAGCCACCGCUGCAAGUGUUCGGCUCCUCCGGCAACUGUGGGAACCAGUACUCAUCAGGUGCUCCACAAAUGGUGGUGCAAGGGAAUGGAGAGAGGCUGGUGAAGAUGGGUUUAUCGGCAACAAAAGAAGCCAGGAAGAAUAGAAUGGCUCGGCAGAGACGGUUCCUCUCACAUCACCGUAGCCAGAAUCAUUUCCAUCACCAGCGUCAGCAUUCCAGUACUACUGAGCAGCUUGCAAGGCUUGCUACUGAUGCUAAUUGCACCACUUCAAGCCAUGACAACCCUGGGGCUAAUCGGGUGUUCCGGCACUCUACUGCAGCUGCCACCAUCACAGCUGAUAUGGCACCUCCAUCUUCAGAUCGGCCAAUUCUGCAACCACAUCAACAGCGACAGUCCACUUCAGAAAGGCCUCAGGGAUGGAAGCUACCGGACAUGAACUUGAGAUUUUUGCUGCAGAAAGUGUUGAAACAAAGCGAUGUGGGUAAUCUUGGGAGGAUAGUAUUGCCAAAAAAGGAAGCAGAAACACAUCUGCCCGAGUUGGUAGCAAGAGAUGGGAUCUCCAUCGCCAUGGAAGAUAUCGGAACCUCUCGCAUAUGGAAUAUGCAUUAUAGAUUCUGGCCUAACAACAAAAGCAGGAUGUAUCUUCUUGAGAAUACAGGAGAUUUUGUGCGGUCUAAUGGCCUCCAAGAGGGUGAUUUCAUAGUUAUCUACUCAGAUGUAAAAUGUGGCAAAUAUAUGAUACGAGGAGUGAAGGUACCACAACCGGGAUCUAAAAUGGUGUCAAAAAGGGCAGGGAAGCUGCAAAGAAACCCACAUGGAACCCUACUCUCCCCGGCUGGUGACGGCGACCCCACUUUAUCUUCUCCCAUCAAAGAAGCAGUGACCUAAGAGGAAGGAACGACAUGUGAUUCUCAUCACUUAUUUUGUAUUGAUGGAGGCUGCAACAGAAAAGGAUUUAGGAAAGAAUUUGUAAACUGGGUAUUGGAAGCCAAUGAUCUAUAUAUAACAUAGUUGUACUAACUGAGACUUCAAGAAUUUACACUCACUGUGACCCUUGCAGUCUAGGGUUUUUACAUCUUUUUUUCAAAUGUAUUAUGUUCAUGUAAGGAGGAGAGAUUGGAUAUAGAAGGGCCAAUAGGUAUUUAAUCCAAAAUAUUUCAAUGGGAUAAAUUGAUUUUUG